CCCGGAGCUAUUUUGAAAGUGACCCUGGGCUCGGGCGCCCUGGGCGCGCGGAGAGGGCGCGGCGGGCGGCGGGAACCAUGACAGAAGAUGACCGAGGCGGCGCUGGUGGAGGGCCAGGUCAAGCUGCGGGACGGCAAGAAGUGGAAGAGUAGGUGGCUGGUGCUGCGCAAGCCGUCGCCGGUGGCAGGGGCUGGGGUCUUCUUCUUGUCCUCAGCUGAGGGGGAGCAGAUCAGCUUCCUGUUUGACUGCAUCGUCAGAGGCAUUUCCCCAACCAAGGGCCCCUUUGGGCUUCGGCCGGUUCUCCCAGACCCAAGCCCUGGCGGGGCCUCGGCCUUGGCCUCAGAGGAGCGCGUGGCCCAGGAAGCGCUGGAAGCCCUGCAGCUGGAGAAGCGGCUCAGUCUGCUCUCCCACCCCGGCCGGCCGGGCAGCGGAGGGGACGACCGCAGUGUAUCCAGCACCUCUUCUGAGGCGAGCCACUCGGACAUCAGCGCCAGCAGCCGGCUCACUGUGUGGCCGGAGCAGUCCUCAUCCUCGGCUGGCACAUCACAGGAGGGGCCUGGGCUAGUGGCUGCCCAAGCCCCAGGGGGAGCUGUGCUGGGGCCCUCAAGGCCUCCCCUCAAGCCUCUGCGGCCCCGGCAGCUGCAGGAGGUCGGCCGCCAGAGCUCCUCUGACAGCGGCAUCGCCACCGGCAGCCACUCCUCCUACUCGGGCAGCUUUUCGUCCUAUGCUGGCAGCAGCGUGGACGUGUGGCGGGGUGGAGAGGAGUUCGGCUCCAUGCUCAGCCUGCCCCCAGGGGCCAGCGCAUCUGAGCCCAGCCUGUGUGCCUGCCCACCAGGGGCUGCUGAGUACCAGGUCCCCACCUCACUGCGGCACCACUAUGACACACCUCGCAGCCUGCGCCAGGCCCCCAGAGACCCAAGCCUGGCCUCACAGGGCAGCUCUGACCACAGUGCAACCGCGGACUUGGGUGGCCAGAUGCCCACUGAGUGUACCUCCAGUUGGCUGGGUGCAAGACGGCCAGGACAGGCAAUGGAGGCCCCAGGCGGCGAGGCCACGCUGCCCAGCCCAUCCCCUGGCGAGCCCUGGGAAGCAGGCGGCCCCCACGCCGGGCCUCCAGCUUUCUUUUCGUCGUGCCCAGCCUGUGGCGGACUCAAGGUAAAGCCCCCUCCCUGAGAUGGCAGGCUGGCAUUGCCACUGUGGGCUGGAUGCCGCCCCUCUGCACGGGAGAGGAGGGUGUAGGCCUCUGCAGACGGGAUGCUCUGUGCUGUUUUUUUCAGAAGCCACUGGUGUUCUAUAGAGAGACCCUCGGGUAGGGCAACAGUCAUAGGUUUGUCCUCCCCGAGGUGAGUGCUGUGGCCGUCAGUGCAGGAGCCCAGGUAGGUUGGGAUCAGUACAGCCUCAGGCCCAGCUUCUCCAGCCUUGUCUGCUCACCCCAAGGAUCAGGCAGAAAGGACUUGGAGGCGCUGUGCUGAGGGCUGGAAUUCUCCAUGGGCCAGGCCUCAUUCUGCUCUACUGCCUGGGGCCUGGCUGACCGACCCUCCCUGUCAUUCCCGGUUAUCUCUGCAGUACACAGACACAGCUCCCAUCAAUAAUGACCCGCCACAGCCACUCUGACCCCCUGCUCCGUGAGCCUGCAGCUCCAUACACACGGCUGCCUAGGUGCUAUGCGUGGUCAGCAGUACGUGUUCAGUCGGCCGCUCCUCCUGCUCUGAUACAUAACCUGACACACAUGGGCACGGUGGGCGUCCCAGCCCACAGGGAGGAAACUGAUGCUCAGGAGGCUCCAUGACUUGUGGGGUCUGCAUCCUCAGACUAGCCUUCUGGGCUCCUGGAGGGCUCUGGCAGGCUGGGCAGAGGUGAGUGGAGCCCUGAGUCCGAGUUGACCCAGGCUCCUGAGGUGAGAAAGCUCCUGCCAGUGCUUGCUUCCUUGUGCCCCUUGUUGGGACCAGGAAGCUGGUGGUUAGAGCCAGGCAGAGGGAAUCAGGGCUCCACUGGCAUUUGGAGGGCUCUGGCCCUGACCACAAUUCACCCCAGCUUCGUGCUUGGACACUACCUAUCUCAGGCCAUGUGCUCUCCUGAAUGGAGCUGCUGUGCUUCCCAGAGUCAGAAGGGCCGUGUGUGGCUGUGCCUACCCCUUCUGCAUCCCUUGACUGGCCCCGUCGUGCAUUUCUGCAGUUGCCCACCUGGCAGGCUAGCUUACCUGUGACUGCCUUGACUUGGGUCUGCACUGUUGACCGACCAUGUUGUUACUCUAUCACAUUUUUAAA